AUGAUUUCUGCUACACUUCGACUGCAAGCUGCUGCUGUGAGCCGUUGUACAGCAAACUCGACAGCUAAUCGCCACCUGCUUUGUAUCACUAAUUUUUCUCAGUAUCGUACAUUCUUCGGGCUCCGCGAAUUUCUUUUCGGCCCGAACAAAUUUCGAAAACGAGAGGAUGAGGUCAUAAAGAAGCUUGCGAAGCAACCGCAACCGACAAAAGUUACCUGCGAACAAACAUUUAUUCGGCAGCCGGUGGAAGAAAAAGAGAAAAUACUCGGCAGUUUGGACGUCACAUCUUAUGCCACUGGAAAAGUCGCUAGGCUUGCGGACGGCGCCGUGCUAGCUUCAUGUGGACGUACCGUUCUACUUACAACAGUUGUAAGUGGUGGUCACGAGUGCAGUCCGUCAGCCAAUAAUAGAAUUAUCCAAAACGAUUUUUUACCGCUCACUGUGGACUUCCGUGUUAAAUCGUACGCAGUAGGACUCAUUCCAGACAACCAAAAACGCCGGGAGUUUACUGGCAAUGAUGAGGAGGUUUUGCAAUCUCGUAUAAUUGACCGCGCUAUUCGACCGCUGUUCCCUCGAGAUUAUUGCGAGAGAACGCAGGUGCUGGCAACUGUGCAGUCUUACGACCCCAAUAAUGAUCCGCUGGUCGUGGCAGUCAACUCGACGUCUGCGGUAUUGAGUAUGUCCGACAUCCCUUGGAAUGGUCCUGUUGGAUGUGUGCGUGUAGUUGAGGUCGACGGGCAACUCGUGGUUAAUCCGACAUCCUCGCAGCGCGAAGCAGCUACGAUGGACGUACUUUAUGCAGGUACGACUGAGCGUGCCAUAAUGGUCGAAGCCUCUGGUGACGAAGUGGCCGAGGCGCGUCUUGACGAAGCGCUCGAUCUGGCCCACGUCAAUGUUCAAUUUCUUAUCAAGGUCCAAAAAAAGCUGGUGUUAGAGCAUGGAAAGGCAAAGCGCGUCUGCACACAAAUGUAUAUUCCGGAAGAGGUAUGGGCUAUGGCAGAGAAAUUUGGGCGCGCGGAUGCUGAGGCAUUUGUCGCGAAAGGCCAUGUAAGUAAAAAUGCUCGACAAGAGGGAGAGCGCGAAAUCUUCAGAAAGAUGAUGAAUGGCCUACAUCAACAUUUUGCUUCCAAAAAUCUUCCUGUGGACGAUGUUGUUAUUCACCGUGCAAUCCAUGAUACAUUUCAAUGUGUGCUGCGUGAACGCAUUUUAAGUACUGCGUCGGAAUUCAAAAAGAAGAAGCCCAUACGAAUUGAUGGCCGGUCGGUUCGCACUGUGCGUCCGCUUGAAAUGGAGGCUGGUAUACUUCCGAUGGCCCACGGGUCGUCUGUGUUCGCUCGAGGGGAGACGCAGACAUUGUGCUCCGUAACACUGGGACCUUUAGAACGUGGUAUUCGUCUUCGUGGUGCAUUAAAUGAGGCUCGUGAAUUGGCAGAGCCUGAUGCGUUUACACCGAUCAAACACGCUAUAUUGCACUAUGAGUUUCCACCUUUUUGUGUGAAUGAGAUCGGUCGUGUCGGUGGAUUUAACCGACGGAUGAUUGGACACGGCGCAUUGGCCGAGAAAGCUGUGCUACCUAUUUUGCCGUCUAUAUCAGAGUUCCCGUACACGAUACGCAUGACUUCAGAAGUUAUGGGCUCGGAUGGCUCGUCUUCUAUGGCUACAGUGUGUGGCGUUUCACUGGCCUUAAUGGACGCUGGUGUUCCUGUGCGCCGGGCUGUCGCAGGUAUUGCUGUCGGUCUUGUUGCUGCCGGUGACACGUUUGCAGACCAAGAGAAAAAUAUAGAGGCCGGUAAUUAUCAGUUGUUAACAGACAUUCUAGGCUCCGAGGAUCACUAUGGUGACAUGGACUUAAAGGUGGCAGGUACGACGUCUGGUGUGACAGCCCUUCAAUUGGAUAUUAAGCUUCCGGGGGGCAUUCCUCUGUUCGUAUUAAAGGAAGGAUUACGCGAAGCUCGGAAUGCUCGUCUGCACGUGCUUCGUUGCAUGAGUAACGAAAUCGCGGUGCCGCGCGAUUCAUUGAAAUCUGGUGGCAGUGCAUUGCCAAACGUAAGUAUUGAGUGCGUAGUUCCCACAAGCUUGAUUGGAGCACUGAUUGGUGUUGGCGGCAGUAACAUUCGCAACCUUGAGUCGCAAUUUAACGUUUCGAUGAGCAUUGUGGAUCGCCGUGAAGGCAUCGUACGUGUCGUCGGGGCGGCAGUUGACACUGAAAAAGCUCGUCAUUGGCUUCAAACAGAACUUGUCAGUUUAGGCCAGCGUAGAAGUGACCAAGGCAAUCAAAGCAAUCAAAGCAACAACGACACUAAAAGUUGCCGCAACGAUAAUCGUCUAGGGUCCAACAGGGACCGUUUGUUGUAUUUUCGAAAAGGAGAGCGCUACAUUAUGCGUGUUACGCAGGUUUUGGACUUUGGCGCCAUUCUUGAGUCAUCUGUUGGCCAGCGUGGUUUCGUGCAUAUCUCGGAGCUCUCGCGCGAUAAAGUCAGCAACAUUCAUGAAGUCAUAUCGGAGGGAAAUGAGAUGGAGUUUGAGUGUCUGCAGGACGGUGUUUCGGGUAAAAUGUCGCGCCGUGUUCUUAUAUGUGCGAGUCCAAGCGACCAACUUCCAAAAUCUCCGAAAAGUUGA